UGUAUCGAUGAGAUUCUCUACCCCUCCCCCACAUCUCUGUGUCAGAUACGAGACACUCACAGUGUUAACUUCACGUCUGUUUCUGGUCGUCUGAAAUGUAACUUUGUCGGUUUGCAGGCAACUUGUAAGCGGAAAUUGGAUAAAACUUAACAGUUGCAGGUAUAAUUGGACUCGUUCAAGCCAACCCUUCAUCAUGUGAGAUCAGUCAACACAGCAAGCGUCAAGAAGACUGGAGCGUUCCAAAAAGCGAGCAGUAUCACGAUGAUCGUCAAAUCCAUCGCAUUCGUAUUGUUUGUCCUGCUGGUGACCUUUGCGGAAACAAGGAGAGGGAAGGGCGAAAAGAACAGAGAACGUCUGAAGAACCGAGCCAUUCGAGAGAACGGAUCUGAAGGAUCGUGUGAGCUGGAAGUUACGUGUAAAAACGAUGGUCAAAUGCCCAUAAAACUGCCCAUCCGGGGUCCUAAGGGCCCACCAGGACAGCCUGGACAGAAGGGAGACGCCGGAGAACCCGGAACACCCGGACUUCCGGGUAUACCAGGGAAGUCUAAAGCUCAGACGCCUAAAGUUGCGUUCUUUGCGGGACUGAGAGAGAAUGUUGGCCAAGUGGAACAGAACACUGACAUCAGCUUCGACAAAGUUAUCACUAAUCGAGGAGGAGCGUAUAAUGCAAAAACAGGUCGCUUUACGGCACCGUACAACGGCACGUACCACUUUUCGGCAGUCGUUGCAGCUCAGGGCCGACAGAAGGCAGCGGUGAUGAUAUCGAAGAACGGCCAGAUGGUGGCCACAGUGUGGGCGGAGAGUAUACCCUACUGGGCAACAGCGUCCAAUUCCGCCAUACUGGAUUUAAAACGCCACGACCAGGUCUGGCUGAUACAGCUGGCGCGAGCGCCGUACUUACACGGCUACAUGUACUCCACCUUCUCUGGCUUCAUUAUAUUUAAUGAUGAGGAUGAGGAUAUGACAGGAGAAUAGGACGAGUUCGCAUAAGGACGCCUGAAGAGACGACACCAUAUAGCAAUAACGUGCUCCCGUGAUACAUAGCUGUACCCGUGAGCAGUUUUGUUGACGAUGUUGAUGGCUCCAUGUGCCUGCUAAAUACAGACGCACCUUUUAGGGUAAUCUUAUUAGAGUUCCCGUGUAGCGAUGUAAAUAAGACUCGACACAAACAUGACAUGAGCAGUGUGUCCUUCUAUCGAACGGAAGAAUGGAUUGGGCCAGUACAAAGUCGGAUGUGACUGAUUUUAAACGCUUGAUUCGCUUCAGCUCCACGGAAGAUGGCAACCAUUCGUGUCUAAUCUGUAGACACAUUUUAUUUAGGACGAACUUUAACCUUGGUUUUAAUUCUUUGAGCAUAACUUAUUGGA